AACCGGAAGUUAAUUACUCGGUCAAAAUUACAAUUAACAAAUUGUUUUCAUUAAUUAAAGAAGUAAAGUUUUGAUUGUCGUUUGAACUAAUUAAAUCUGAAAGAAUUAUUUUUUGAUUUAUUUUGUUAAUUCUCGGGCAAAUCAUCCAUAGUAUAAUCUUUGUGCGGUUUUGACAGCUGACGAUCCGAAUGAAAGAUUUUCAUUGCGCAUGCGUGUUACACGUAAAUCCAACAUGGAUGCCUGUCAGUUAGCGAAAUUUACAAACAACUGAAAAAUUCUGGUAUUUUAGAGUCUAUGUUAAUAAAGUACGGUCUUUGACUUAUCUUCGAGAAAAAACAAUAUCUACUAGAUUAAAGAGGAGCGGAUUCAUAGUACACAGGAUUGUGAAAAGAAGAAAUCUGAAGAAUGAGCCAGUGGGGUGGUGAUACCUCGUCUCAGCCCCAAGCUUCUGGUCAAGUUCAAUUCUUUGAUCCAACCAAAUUUCAAAGUGGUGGUGACAACUUUCCUCAUGUUCCAGUGUCUAAGCAGAAUGAUGUUAAAGGUCAGGUUCAAGGUCAUUCUGGUGGUCAUGACAACAUAACAAGUCAAGAUGGUGAACAAAAUGCAUGGAAUUCUUGUGGAACAUGGAACACUGAAAGUAAUCCAUAUACUGGAGAUUUUAAUGCUGACCAGCAAGUGAAUAGUGAAUAUAACAAUUACAGUGGUCAUCCGUGGCAUGGUCAACAUCAGUAUAACAAUGUCCCUUUGCAAAAUGAACAUGGUGCUGGUCAGUGGGACCCUAGUUCACAAGGUACAUGGGAUCCUCAUCAGCAGUGGAAUCAACAUCAGCAGUACAAUUACCAGCAGGGAACUGAUCCUAACCAGACUGCUGGACAUAACAACUACUGGGCAGGGCAAAAUGGAGACUAUCAGUCUAAUGUAAAUUACCAAAGCACUGACCAAUCAGGUCAAAUUGUGUCAAGCGCAAAUUAUUUUGCACAGGAACCAAAUGCCCACUAUGCUCAAUCAGCAGGUGCUAGUUAUGGACAAGCUAAUACACAGUCCACCGAAAUGACUGGUUCUAUUAAUAGCUCAGGUCAGACUGAACAAAGUAUAGGAGAUUUAAAUGUAUCCCAGUCUACUGAAGAAAGUGAAAGUUUAAACCAGUCAGUUGCUAAUAUAGAAGAUGGUGGCACAAUGGGUGGGUUUUAUAAUAAUGAUAAUUAUGAUGAAGAAGAAGGGGAAAGUGAUGAUGAUGAUGACGAUGAUGAAGAGGAUGAUGAUGACAGUGAGAGUGGGGAGGGAGGGAAUGUAUCGAAUGGAAGUAACGGUAAUGUUGGCAAAAGUGGAAGCCAUAUACGACAUGAAAAUGAACAUCAUUAUGAACAGAGUGAACAUUUACAAGCUCAAACUGUGAUCCCUAAUAGUCAAACAAAUCAGUUACAAGUUAUUGGUCAGAUGCAGGCAUUAAAUUUACAGGACAAUUCUGUGUCUCAAACAAGUGGUAAUGAAAAUAUCAAUGUAUCAAAUGUCCCACUGUAUUCAAACCAAAGAAAUGAUGGAAAUAAUUUAAACAUGGAUGCAGCAUCAUUUGUACCUCAACAGCAGUCGAUAGUUCCUCCGCAAUCAGUUGGAAUAUGUGAGAGCAAUUCUGAAAGUGAUACGGGAGUGAAGCAAACCACUCCUACAUUUAGUGAUUGGGAAAUGAUACCACCAGCAGUAGAGGGCACUGUAUCAGCUCACAGUAGAAAUGCAUCUAUAGACAAUAAUGUUCAUUUUUUUAUUAGUUCUACAAAUAGUUCAGCUCGAGUAUCACCAGCUUCAUCUAAAGCUGGUGAAGAUAAAACAGGAGUUAAUUUAGUGGAUAAGAAAGAGGAAACUGUGCCAAAUAGACAAACUGAUGUUCAAAAUGCUAGACCGAAUACACAGGCUGAAACUUUAAAUCAACAACCUAGUGUGGGACCACCUCAGUCUCAGCCAGUUGGACUUCCACCCCCUAUGUUAGGGGGUAAGAAGGGUGGGAACCCUUUCCGAAAAUCACCCAAUAUAGAGGCGGCACAAGCUGUGUCGUCAAACAGUGAUGUUUCAAUGCUGUCAUCAACAAGACUUGAUGUUACUCGGCCAAACUUUGAAAACAGUCCAGUUGUUUUAAACCAGUCAAUAUCUCCUAUCACAGCUAAUGUAGAGAGUACUGGGCAGAGAGAUGGUGAAAGUCCAGAACUUGAAAUGUUGAAAAAUUCAGGAAGUCUCCCAGUCACACCUGUAUCCUCACAACCAAGAAAAACAGCGGCAGUUCAACAGAGCCCAAUAUUGCCUCGUAAGGAGAGUCCGUUUCAGCCUCCAAAGCAAGACACCAUGAGCAAGAUUACUAAAUCUUCACAAGACAUUCCAGAAGACCCUGUUAGAGAAUCUGUAAAACCUGGAAUAUCAGAUAAGCAUGGUAGAAGAACGCCAGAUCGUGAUAGAGCAUACAGGAGCAGAACUCCAGACUGGGACUCUGGGGAUCGGGGAAAUGAAGUAAGGAGGUCAGAAAGGGAUUCAAGACGGAAAACAGAUCGUGGUUAUGAUGAUAGAGAACGUUAUAAUAGGGACAGAGAUAGAUAUGGUGCUGAUAGUGAUAGGGUGACAACAAGACCUCCGCCAGGCUCUAGUACGUCGGACCGUGUUACACGUACAAGGCAGUCAGCAUUCCAUCAUAUACAAACUAAUAGGAGUAAGAAUAAUGUAUCCCCGGCUGCUUCAUUAAUUGAUGUGGCUGAUAAUGUUCCAGCAAUGCCAAAUAUUUUGUUAAUGCCAGCUUCUAGUACAGCUGGUACAGUAGCUGCACCUGUAGGUGGCGCACCAUCAGAGUUAAAUCCGGUUGUCUCAUUAAUUAGUUCAUUAAGCGAACAGAUAACCACUGAUAAUAAUGGAGAUGAUAGUAAACAUUCUAGAAAUGACAGUAAAUUUAGUGCUAAAGAAAGAGAGUCUAAAGACAGAUACAGAGAAAAAGAUCGGUAUAGGGAUAGAGAUGAUAGGGGGCGCUAUGGUAAAGAUCGUGAUAGAGACAGGGGGUCUCGGGAAGAUAUAAGGGGUAACAGAUCGUAUGAUAGUCUUAGAGAUAGGGGCUUGAAAGAUUCCAGAAAUAACUCGCGUGAAAAACUGAGUAUGUACGAUUCAAGGGAUUCACUAGACAGAGAUGAUUCACGAGAUCGCACACGGAGAGGUGAUAGUCGUGAACGUGACCGAAGUUACAGAGAUGAUUAUUAUGAUCGAUCCUACAGGGAUCGUAAUCGGCCACCUAGUAGGACAUCAACAAUUGAUACACGGAGAGAUUACCGUGAUCGUGAUAGAGAGUACUACAGAAAAACUGACAGAAACGAUCGUGACCGGCCAAGAUCUCGACAAGGUGAGAAAGAGAGGGCUGGCUCUAGAAUGGGAGAUGUGGAUCGUCCAAGAUCUCGUAAUGAUUAUGAUCAGGAUAUAGAACGUUACAGGGAUAAAUACAGAGACAGGGGUUAUGACUACAACGACUACUACAGCAGACGGCAGUAUUACGACAGACAAUAUUAUGAUUAUUAUUACGGUAAUUACGGCCAGGGUUACUACGAUGAACACGGUUACUAUCACGCCGACCCCGCGGCUCAAAGGUACCAGUAUGAACACUACCACAGAAGGUCAAGAACAGGAACUCCUGGUUCCUUAUCUGAUGGGGGUGAAGAAAUUUCUAGUAUAGCAGAAAAGAAAAAACGGUCUGAGUCAGACCCUGAUAAAAAGAGAUUUGAUUACCCGCCUGACCUACACGACUACUCACAUCGUGGCUAUGAUGAAUACUACAAUUACUAUGGUUACGAACAGAAUGGUCACCGCUGGGACCCAAAUAUCUCCGAGUGGGUCGCAACAACUACUGAUGUGAUACCACAAAGACAAACACCAGAAAAGUUUAUGAUCCCACAUAUGCGAGCAUGUUUUGGUCCUAAUGGUCAGCUAGUUAAAGUUAUACCAAACCGGCCAGCAGAUGGUCAGCCUGCUACUGUAGAGAUUCAUGAUGUUCAAGCUCUUCUAGAAGAUAAUGAGGAAGCUGAAGUGCUGAGUCAGUUCCCUGGACCUUUAGUCAGGGGAGACACACACAAGAAUGAUGUAUUACUGUUCUGUCAGAACAAGGCCAAGUUAUGUACAGAAAAUAUGAACCUUGAAGACAGAGAUUCUGCUGAACUCAUCUGGAGGUUUCUAGAACUUCUUAUAAAACAAAAUGGAACUGUCGUAGGUACAGAUAUUGCCGACCUUAUUUUACAAGGUCACGAACCAACCACCCAGGAGUACCGUCGUUCUGGUAUGAAGAUCGCGGCAAGCUCUGACAACCUCGAUGUUGAUGAGGAGUCAGAAGACAGUCAGAGUCAGAAAUUAUCACGCGGCUCGACGCCAAUAGAUAGGUCAUUAGUGGUUGAUAGGUCGAUUAUAAACAAAGGGCGGUCAGUUGAGGAAGUUACAGAUAGAUUCCGUCACUUACUGAUGUAUGGUCGCAAAAAGGAUGCUCUAGACUGGGCAAUGAAGAAUAACCUGUGGGGACAUGCUUUAUUCCUCGCCAGUAAGAUGGAUAGUCGAGCUCAUGCCAAUGUUAUGAUGAGGUUUGCUAAUGUAGCAAUGCGUAUGAAUGACCCCCUGCAGACACUGUAUCAGAUGAUGUCAGGACGACAACCAGCCGCUGUCACUUGUGUAGCGGAGGAAAGAUGGGGAGACUGGCGGCCACAUCUAGCUAUGAUAUUGUCUAACCAUUCUCAGAAACCCGAUCUAGACAGGAAAUCUAUAACAACUCUGGGAGAUACACUAGCUUCUAGAGGGUUUUUACAUGCCAGUCAUUUUUGUUACUUGAUGUCCCAGACAAGUUUUGGAUCGUACAACAAAAAAUCUUCAAAGAUAGUACUGGUCGGCUCAAGUCAUGGCCUACCAUUACAAUAUUUUGCGACGGACGAGGCUAUACAAUGUACAGAGAUUUAUGAAUAUGCUAUAUCACUAGGAAAUAUGAUGACUAACUUAAUAAACUUUCAGACAUUUAAGUACCUGUACGCUACGAGACUGGCUGACUAUGGUUUUGCUCAAGAAGCACUGCAAUAUUGUGAAGUGAUCUCAAAAUAUAUAAAUGUAAACCCAGCCUUCUUCCCACAUAUUCUAGUCAAGUUGGUGUAUGAUUUUUCCAGUCAGAUAAAGUUUAGUCAACCUCAGAACUUAGAAGAAGAUGAUGUUGCUGACCCAGAUUGGCUUCGUGCAUUACAUACAACACUCGUGCAAUUUGAGGAAGGUGCAAUUCUGCCUGCGUCAGGGUCCGCAACUCCUGCAUUUUACGGGGGUCGUACAACAGCGAGUAGUGACAGUGGAGAAGUUGGCAUGUACAUGCAGGGAACUGACAACGGUACCAUGUAUGCACAGGAGGCGUCGUAUAUGACAAACAAUGGUCAGAUGUCAAGUAUACAUGAAAAUUAUCAACAACAACAACACCCUGGCGUAGACAGUCAGGUACAGUAUCAGGAGACACAGUAUGGUAAUGGUUUUGAAAAUUCACAAGCACAACCAUAUAGUACAGAACAUGUGACAUCAGGGGCAGACAAUCAAUACCUACAACAACAGGGACAAGUACCUUACCAGCAACAAGGGCAGAUAACUGAUGGUCAGAAGGGUAACUUACAAUGGCCAGAACAGUCUGUAGAAUCAACCAAUCAGAAUCAUCCUAAUAUUGAACCGACCAAUCAAAACACAGAUAACAACUAUCAACAUCAAACUGCUGGCAGUUUUACGCAAUAUGGCAAUCAUUGGGAUCAAAAUGCGGGGCAAUAUCAGACAUCACAUGGUUUUCCUCCCGACGUAAAUCUCGGUGAGAGUCAAACAUCGGCUGUAUCAUCCGACUCGGCUAAACGCGGUAGUCUGGCAUCAACGUCAAGUUUCCCGCAGGAUAAUGGUAUAGAAGCGGAGGAUCAUGUUGAUUCAGCCGGACUUCAUGAACCGGCACCAAGUAUAUUUGACCUUCAACCCACUCAGCAAAAAAUAAUUGCGCCAAAGUUAAGGAAGCGAACAACGUCGGAAACGAGUACAGGAAGUGGUGUGGGACGAGAUCGUAACUCAAGUGGUAAUCAUAAUCAUCAACAAAAACAGAAGUCCGAUAAUAAUAAGGACAGUUUGUCUCAGCCAAAGAAAGCGGCGGCAGGUGGUGGAUUUCUCUCUAAGAUAGGAGGAUUGUUUUCUCGUAAGAAUGAAAUGAAACUACCGGAUGAUAAAGAGCCUUCUAUUGUAUGGGAUGAUGUGAAGAAAAGAUGGGUGGAUAAAGAUGGUGGUGAGGAGGAGGAGAAACCCGCGGCCCCGCCCCCGAAAGAUCAUGAAUUAAAAGGUCCUGGAUCUACAAGUCAGCUCAGUUCACUGAAUGCUGGACCAGCGCCAGGUGCUGCACCCUCGAGGGAUACACUGCCACCUGGUGGUAAUAAGUUCUCUAUGAGAAGAGAUUCUGCGGGUCCAAAGUAUGUUGAUGUGAUGAAUCCUAAACCAGCUACAACAUCUCAAGUGCCUUCAAGUUUAUUUCAUACUUUACCUAGUUCCCGAUCUGCUCCGGCUAUAUUUAACCCAAUGGGAAAUGCAGAGGGUUCCGCCACAGAUCUACCCUCACAGGUUCACGAUUCUAUCCCUGAAGAGAAAACUAGUCAACAAGGGGCAGACAACUCUAAUGUCUCAAAUACACCAGCUGGCAAUUUACAGUUACCUCCCAUGACUGAAAAUUUAUCUAGAAAUAGUUCAGCAAGUUCUUUAUCAAAAGAAGUUCAAAGAAUAAUGAACAAGACAGCACCAGAAACUGCCGCCGCACCAGAGAUAAAUAAUUCUAUGCCAGCAAUGUUUAAUCCUGCACAGUUCCAGUCAGGUCAGACCUUCAAACAACCAGCACCACCGGGUCCCGGCCACAGACUUAGUAACAGAAGGGUCUACCCUAAAUAAUACAAACAUUUUACCUCAGUUUAUGGUGAUGUGAAUGUACACUACACUUACUUAGUCAUAAUGAAAACAAGAUGUUGAAUUGCUUAGUCAUAAUGAAAACAAGAUGUUGACUUCCUAAUCAUCAUGAAAACAAGAUGUUGACUUGCUCAGUCAAAAACAAAGUUUAAAGUUUAUAAAAGUCAAAAUAAUUUUGACUGAUUAUGUUAUCAGAUAACUUGUUGGUUGAUUUGAUGGUUGACUCAUCGGUUGACUAGAUGGUUGACUUACACAGUCAUCAGUAAAGCUAGGGAAUGACUAAUUUAGUCAAGAAAAAGUGCUAACUAACAUUAUGAAGCAUAUCUAAAUAUUGAGUUGUCAGCUGAUGCCAAGUGCUAGCUAAAUAUUGAUUUGUCAGCUAAUUCUAAGUGGUGACUAAAUAUUGAGUUGUUAGCUAAUUCUAAGUGGUGACUAGAUAUUGAGUUGUCAGCUAAUUCUAAGUGGUAACUAAAUAUUGAAUUGUCAGCUAAUUUUAAGUGCUGACUAAAUAUUGAGUUGUCAGCUAAUUCUAAAUUGAGUUGUCAGCUAAUUCUAAGUGCUGACUAAAUAUUGAGUUGUCAGCUAAUUCUAAGUGGUCACUAAAUAUUGAGUUGUCAGCUAAUGCUAAAUGGUGACUUACAAAGCACUGACAUAAUUAUAUAGUCCAAAUUCUGGGUCAGGGACACAUUAUUAUGAUUGUUGAAUUGUUGUGUAAAACAUACAAUAAACCAUGAUCUGAUUGGUUAAAUAUAAUAUUGCUAUAGAAACAGAAUAAUUAAGUUUAUGAUUAUUAUUUAAUUUUAAUGAAACUUCUUUCCAACUUUUUAACUACGAAAUGAAUGUGCUGAUGUUGGAAAGUAAAUGAGAAAGUCUUCUUUUUUUCAAGAAAAUGAAUGAAAAUUUUCUGUUUUUUUUUAAUUAUGCUCCUGUACCUUCUUUUGUUUAAAAUAAAACAGAAUAUAAUUGAUUGAUUUUAUAGUUUAUUUAAUACAGGUUAUGUAGGUUUGGGAAUUUUGAAAUGUCUUUCCUCUAUCCCCACCCACUUUGUUAUUUUACAUUUUGUCUUCAAAUAUUAUAUGUAUUACUUGAUGUGAUUGGUUUAA